UUUCUAUGGACCCUCUUUUCAGUAAAAUUUUACUUACUUAUUCGUAAAAAGCCAGUACUGCGAGUAACAGUAAGUGUCAGAGAUAAAUCCCCCUGAAAGCCUCGCUUGAUUCCUGUGUAAAAAUACCUGACGCGGCUCAAAUCUAUUCAUCAUACUGCAGACUCGGUCAGAAUGACAAAACGUCACCGAAGACAACUUAUUAAAUUCGGAAACCUCAAUCAAAGGUACAAUUAUGAACGCCUACAAAUUCUUCCUGGCACGAAGCGUUGAGUACGUGACCGUGCUCCCCCUACGACUUUAUACCCAUCUCGCUCACUCCCACAGCUCCGCAUUAGCCCCAUCUCCCUCUUAAAACACCCACUCGUGGACCCUGUAGCUUCAGCCCCUGUUUUCAGCCCACAUUUUAGUCUCACCUCGGGCGGCCUGGCAAGCGCACGUCUCUCCUUCUCCAUAAAAAUAAAACGGACAAUAAUUUUGAAAUCCGAUUCCCGACUUCCAUUUUUGAACGCGUGUCAGUCAUGAACUUUUGACGUUAAAAUAAUUGUACUGCGACAAUAAGGCAUUCUUCCAUAGAGUUAGGUGACAGAUUUUUUGUCUGAUUGUCAAUAAUUGAUUGACGCGCGAAUAUUUUUUUUCGGUUUCAAGGGGAGUGUUGUGGCAUCAGGUGGGCGACGAUUUGAAGACAACAGGAUGUGGUCUUUAAUCCGCGCAUGGAGCGUGCUAGCCUGCGCUUGCGCAGUGGCUGCGCAGCGCCUCGACCAGGAGGCUUUGAUGUCGCCGCGGCCGGCGCGCGUGCGCGACCGCGAGCUUGCCAAGGCCGAUGAGCCGACAUGCGAUCAACUGAAGGCUAUGUGGAGAUUCUCGAAGCGGCAAGCGCGUGCGCCGGAGAUCAUGAACGAGGUGAACAACUAUCGCGACCCGCUGAUGUACAACGAGUGGCCCGUCUACACUGCUGUGCCCAGAGCCGCUCCUAGGUUCCGAUACCAGUACCCCGCCAUGGCUCGCGAGGCAUACGGCAGAGUGGUGACCAAGGCGCCUCCCAACGUCGUGCGCACUCCUGACUAUGAUGAGAUGUUCGGCAUGCUGAACGUACCGCAUACUUCUGGCAAGAUCCUGCGAUACCCUGGACCGUCACGACCCCGAGGUGGACCUACCUUCAUGGUGCCUCCGCAGCGAGACAGGUUUGAGGCUCUGAAGAAGCUGAUCCGUCAAGAGCACGUCCGCGAGCUGCAGCGCAAGUAUGAGGCAGAGCAGAAACAGGAACUCAAAGACCUUACAUCUGGACGCGGCGGCGAUGACUACGUAUACGGCACUUACGGCGAACAGGAACCCCGAGGCCUGCAGCCACUGCAGAUGGAGUACCCUGCUGACGAACCCAGCUCCAGGCACAGCAAGAAACCACCAGCGGGCAGUCGCCAGAUCUCGCAGUUCUCCCGCUACUCCGACGUGAUGCUGCCCCCCUCUCGCCGCGCUAUCUACCACCCCUACCUGGAGUACGCCGCCCCCGAGUUUGUCCCCUACUACUGAACCCUCAGGGCCAGCCGACCCACAGGACGACCCCACGUUCUACAACACUCUACUGCAGGGACUAACUCCCUUAAUGUACAAAACACUUAUGGGCUUUAACUCCAGAUAUCAGUAUUAACAUGUCAUAUCGAAAGCAUAUCUUAAACGCUUUCGCUUAGACGACACUCGUAACCUAAGAUACGAGCUUUCUCUGCAUUACCUUUCAAUAUUUUUAUAUUUAUAAACCGAGGUUUUUUCGAUGUAGAUAUGCGAUCUCUGAAUUUUAAUAUACCCCUUUUGAAUAAUCGCAUUGUAUUUUUCGAUAGGUUUAAGGAUUUAGGAGGAUUUCUUCUUGGAAUGUUCGAGUCCCUAGGUCGAACGGACAUAUUAAUGUUAUACGGUACUUCCGAUAAUGACAAUAAUACAUUAUAUAUACGAUUUGAGCAAUUAUCGCAUUGCCGUCAAUUCCAAAUAAGUUAAUCGUGACAAUAAAAAUGUUUAAAAUGUAAUCUGACAAUAACUGUAUGGAUGUUUACAAUUUGAUGUUUAGUAGAAUUAUAAGCGUGGAAAAGAAAAAUAUUCAUUUAUAAAUAUUAUUAGGAAUUUAAUAAUGAAGUAAAGUAAAGGCGGUGGCUAGCCGGCUGGAAGUUAAUAUCUGCUUUUCGCUUCGAUUCAACUCGUUUCUGGAAAGUUCUUUGCGCAAAAUUGAAAGUGUAAAAUAUUGGCAUUCCUUUCGUUUAUUUAAAACUUUUAUUAGCAUUACGAGGUACAGUCUGAGCCCGACGACCUCAAAUGAAUCGAAGCGAAAAAGUAUUUUACUCUCGUCAAGUACUUUUUCGACCUUCAGAGUAUAGUUUUUUAACUUACUUUGCGCGUAUAUGUAGAUACUCGAAAACGAUAUAUUUACUUGUAAUCAGUAUUAUAAUAAUUUAUUAAGUAUUUUACCCUAUAUUUAAA